AUGCACAAUAACCGCCCUCAUCCCAUACUAGAGCAGGUCCCUCUAACCGUAUCUCCAUUCGUAUCUCUCCCCACAGCCACCACCCUCUCCUACAACUACAAGACCAUGCCGUCCAACAUCCCCCCAUCAACAAUGGGCAUCCCGACGGCGUCCGAAGACCCGUCCCAGCAGCCGAAACCGCGCUUUGUCGUCUCGGGCUCCGGCCACGCCGCGCAUCCCGACGACAUCAUGGACUCGUGUAAAAAUCUCCUGGCCUUUGUUACGAACCUGCAGGACAGCGCGGAGCGGGAACUUCACGAGUUCGAGGAGCGCAUUAAGCAGCGCGACUUGGCGGAGAAGAGGAGAGUCGCGCCCGGUUGGUUGGAUAGUGAGUCGCGGUUGUUGCAGCCGCAGAAGAUGACGGGGCAGAGCGCGGACUUGUUAUCAGGGCAGACGCCACCUGAGGAAAAAGGGAAGCAACCAGUUGUCGAUCCGGGUGCGGAGUUGGAUAGGGCUUUUGGGGGGAUGGCUUUGAAGUGA